AUGCCGCAACCUCGCAGGGUUGGCGGGAGCUUGUGGGUGAGAUGCUCCGCAAAUGUUCGUCGUGUGAUCAGCACGGCUGAGUUCCCUGAGAGCAGUGGUCUCCUUUCUCCCUUCCAGGCUGCCCUCCUCCGCGCUGUGCUUCGGCGGCCCGGCCCGGCCCUGUGGAGAAGGCCUGUCUGCGGGCUGUGGUGCCGCACAGUCACCGGCCGGGAUCCGGGGAGGUGGGUGGGGAGCGGGUGCCCCGCCCUGAAGGAGAAAGCGGCAGGCGUGGAGACAGAGAACUUCCAGAUGGUCUACCGGUUUGACGCCAUCAGAGCCUUCGGGUACUUGUCUCGGCUGAAGGUGGCACAGACGGCCCUCACGGUGCUGGCCCUCCCGCCUGGCUGCUACUGGUACUCGCAGGGCUUCGUGACGCUCGACUCCCUGUGUGUCGCGGGCGGGGUGGCUGGCUUUGCCCUGGCCAUGCUCUGCUGGAUGAGCUAUUUCUUCCGGAGGCUGGUGGGCAUCCUGUAUGUGAACGAGGCGGGCACUGUGCUGCGGGUGGCGCACCUGACCUUCUGGGGCCGGCGGCAGGACACGGACUGCCCCGUGGCUGACGUGAUCCCCAUGACGGAAACCAAGGACCGGGCCCAGGAGCUGUUUGUGCGUAUCCAGCAGUACAGUGGGAAGGAGACCUUCUACCUCACCCUUCGCUACGGACGCAUCGUGGACAGAGAGCGUUUCGCGCAGGUGUUUGGGACGCUGGACUCCCUCAAGUGAAUUGGGAGCUGGGUCUCCAGCAGGAAGGCCGAGGAUGAAACAGGGGAUCGGGCACCUGAAGACUUCGGCAGGGCCUCUGGGCACCCGUCUUUUGGGAUGUACAGAGUCCUAAGACAGAAGCUAGUGAUCGCGUUUUGGAAAGAGGCCCUUGGUACCAAUCCAUACUGCAUUUGUGUGACAUUUAGUCAGAUAACGGCCAGAAGUUCACAGCUGGUUCUCGGAGGAAGCUGUGUCCGGUUCACUCAGGCAGGGCAGUGCCGCGAAAUCGGAAGUCAGGGAGGUGAGGCAGAGCAAGCUCAGGACGUGGCUUGAGCAGACGCGGGUGCUGUCAGUUCUCGACUGCCUGUCCUGGAGUCCCCGUGUCUCUCAACCCUGGUUUUCACAUCUGAGAAAGGGAAAAAUCCUGUCUCCUGGCAUGGGUGUGAAAAUAAACGGUAAAUGUCAAGGUCAGUACAAAGGUGAGUAGGGCUUACCCGAGGCCUGUGCCGCCCCCAUCGGGGCCUCAGCAGCAGGGAAGGACGGGAAGAAGCCCAGGUAGAGGCGGGUCGUGUGACGGCGGCGGAGGGUGCUGGCCAGGCGAGCGCAGCAUCCCUUUGCCAAGGUUGUGGCCUGGGGCCCUCCUGUCCGAAGGCUCUGGUGGAUAAAACCAGGCGAGCUGUGUUCUGGUGCGUUCUUUUAUAAGCUAAAGCUAGUUGUGUGCACGAUUAGUGGUUAGUAAUAGAUGUUUGUUUCAGUCUGUAGCAAAAUAAAGAGGAAGGAAGAGGUGAUCGUCAACAGUUCCACCACUCAGAAGUCAGUGACUAGAUGCUUUAUUGUGGGGACUUCCAGUCUUUUAUUGUGUUAAAACACACAUCAUGUAAAUGUAUUCCUUCAGCCAUUUUUGAAUGUACACUUCAGUGGUAUUAAGGACGCCUACAACGUUGUGCAGCCAUCACAUCUGCUCAUUUCCAGAACGUUUUCAUCAUCCCAAGGAGAAACUCUGUACCCAUUAAAUGGUCAUUCCCCAUCUCCCCCUGCCUCCGGCCUCGUAACCACUCAUCUGCUUUCUGUUUCUGUGAAUUUGCUUUUUCUGGACAUUCCACGUAAACGGAAUCGCCCACUGUGGUUUUGUGUCUGGCUUCUUUCACCUGGCGUGAUGUUUCCAACAUGCAUCCAUGCUGUAGCCUGUGUGAGAGCCUCAUUGCUUUUCGUGGCUGGAUAACCACAGUAGAGACCACAGUUUGCUUAUCUGUCUGUUGAUGGACAUUUUGAUAGUUUCCACCUUUUGGCUGUUGGGAACAGUGCUGCUGUCAGAUUUGGCGCACGAGUCCCUGCUGUCGCUUCUUUUGGGGCUCCUGGAUGCCGACAGGCGGACAGGUGGAAAUAUUGGAUCUUACGGUGACUGUGUGCAAGUUUUUGAGGAACCGCCGAACUUUCCCACAGCCGCCAUGCCUUUUUUUACCCGUCUCAGCCGUGCACGAGGGUUCUGGCUUCUCCACAUCCUCCUGAUGGGCAGGAGGUGGUAUCUUACCGUGCUUGCAGGCUUUUUAAAAACAUAGAUGUUAUCCUGUACCUGGAAUUGGUUUUUUUUUUUUGCUUCAUGUAACAUAGCUAUCUUACUUGUAAACACAUUAAAAAUAUUCUCUCACAAGAAAAAAAAUACCUCAUUACUAUGUGAGAUGCCUGAUGUUAACUGACCUUGUCAUAAUCAUUUUGUGAUAUAUACGUGCAUAAAUCAUUAUGUUGUAUACCCUAAGCUGAUACGAUGUUAUAUGUCAAUUCUAUCUCAGUAAAACUGGGGAAAGUUAUUUAUUUUUGAAGGAGAGAGAGACCAAGUGUGAGUGGGUAACGGGAGAGAGAGCGGGAGACAAAGAAUCCGAAGCAGGCUCUGGGCUCUGAGCUGUCAGCAUAGAGCCUGACACGGGGCUCAGACUCACAGACCGCGAGAUAAUGACCCGAGCCAAAGUCAGGUGCUUAACUGACUGAGCCACCCAGGAGCCCCAAAUCCUCCUUAAAAAAAUUUUUUUUUAAUUUGUGUAUUUAUUUUUUUAAAUAUUUUUAAAUCUUUAUUUUGAGAGAGAGAGAGCACGAGAGAGUGCACAAGCGAGCAGGGGAAGGGCAGAAAGAGGUGGACAGAGGAUCUGAAGUGAGCUCCGUGCCUACAGCAGACAGCCUGAUGUGGGGCUUGGACUCACAAGCCAUGAGAUCGUGACCUGAGCUGACGUCAGAUGCUUAACCGAUUGAACCACCUAGGUGUCCUUUAUUUUUUUGAAGUCGACUCCACACCCAUCGUGGGGCUCGAACUCCCCAAGAUCAAGAGUCGCACGCUCUACUGACUGAGCCAGCCAGGCGCCCCUCAUUCAAAUCAUACUCUUUUUGCAAAAACAAAUUCAGAAAUUGCAAAAUAUUCCACCGGGUGGAUGUGGUUGGUCCUUCACUUUUUAUUUUCUUUUUAAAAUUUAUUUACUUAGUGUGAGCAAGGGAGGAGCAGAGAGGGAGGGAAAGAGAGAAUCCCAAGCAGGCUCUGCACUGUCAUUGCAGAGCCCAUCGUGGGGCUCGAUUUCAUGAACCAUGAGAUCAUGACCUGGAGCCAAAAUCAAAAGCCUGAUGCUCAACCGACUGAGCCACCCAGGUGCCCUGAAAACAGCACUGUUUAAUUUGUGUUCAGUUUUAGUUAAAGAUGCAAAUGAAAGGUGGUAGGAUCAUGGAUUUGAAUUCUCUAUUAAAUGCCAGCUGGUGUGAAUUCAUUCCUGUGGUUGGAGACUGAAGUCUGGGGAGUGUGUGGUUGUGUCCCUCAGAUGUUUGGGGACACUGGGCACCCACUGCCUGGGCAUAUCUAUGGUUUUCCCAGACACAACGGCUCUGCACACAGGAGAACCCCCACUGAGCAGUGACCCAGGGUCUGGGUGUGGGCCUGGGCGUCCCUGGGGCCUCUUUCUUCAAGGUAAAUGGCAUGUGGUUCCAUUGACUUGUUUCAUGCGACUUUAAACAACUUUUUUUUAAUGUUUACUUAUUUUUGACAGAGAGAGACCGAGCAUGAGCGGGGGGAGGGGCAGAGAGGGAGACACAAAAUCCGAAGCAGGCUCCAGGCUCUGAGCUGGCAGCACAGAGCCCGACGCGGGGCUCGAACUCACAGACUGUGAGAUCGUGACCUGAGGUGAAGGUGGAUGUUUAACCCCAGACACCCCAAUGCUGACUCUAUUUUAAAACUACAACCAGAAGCUGACCACCUCUCACCCUGUCCACCUCCUGCCAUUCUGAUCCACACUGCCCUCGUAUGUUCCCUGGGUUGUUGCAGCCUGCUGCUUCUAUUAUCCUUACCCAUCUAGAGCCUGUUCUCACAGCAGCCAGCGAUAAUAAACAAACAAACAAACCACGGCAUUGCGGUAAAAACUGAAGUGCUCACCGUGGCCUACAAGUCUAACGUGGUCUGGGUCCACCCCUGUCCCCAGCUGUGUCUUAUCCACAGCUCUGUCUUCAACCACUGCCAGUCAUAUCCAGUUUGCUGUCCCUUCAGUAAUCAAGGAUGCUCCAGCCUCAGGGUCUUUGCAUUGGCAGUUCCCUGUCUGGAAACCUUUCUCCCCAAUGUCUGUAUAGAGCACUCUUGCGCAUGUGUGCUCUCUCCCCCCCUCUCCCUCCCCUCCCCUCCCCU